CAUACAUUUGUUUUCCAAUGAAUGAUUAAACACCCAUCAAAGAGAUUGAUCUCAACAAACAAUCUUGGACCAGUCCCAAAGACAAAAGUGAUCGUGUAUAAAUUGAUAACAAUAUUUAAAGUUCAUCCCACGUAAUGUGCAAUCCAACCUCUACCAAUUAUUCAUGAGUGAGGAAAAUUGCUAAGGCAACACCUACAACAACCUUCUCCAAUCCUCAAUAUUGGGAAAAUCACCAGCCAUCAAUUAAAAACUCUUUAAUUACAAAACAGAAAAUAAACAAAAUGAAAUGAAUAAGAUAAUUAAUAAUGGAUUAAAUUUCUCUAAUACUCCAACUAAGGUUGAACCUGAAAAGCCUCCUCGUAAAAUUAAUAAAAGACCUUAUAAAGUGUUGGAGGCUGAAAAUCUAUAAGAUGAUUUUUACCUGAACCUAUUAGAUUGGUCUCCAUUUAAUGCAUUAGCAGUAGGACUUGAAAAUUCAGUUCUGAUUUGGUCCGGACAUACCUCAAAGGUGUCUCGUCUUUGCACACUUGAAGACCCUGAUAUGGUGUGUAGUGUAGCAUGGUCUCAACGCAAUCAACAUCUUUCUGUAGGAAACACUAUGGGUGAUGUUGAUGUUUGGGAUGUAGUAAAAUAGAAAGUCAUUAGAAAAUGGAAUGGCCAUUAAGGUAGAAUUGGAUCUUUGGCUUGGAAUAAUUAUUUAUUAGCCACUGGAAGUAGGGAUAGAAACAUAUUAGUUAGAGAUGUUAGAUGUCCUAAUGAAUCCAUUCAAAAGUAUGUUGGACACAAAUAAGAAAUUUGUGGAUUGAAGUGGUCCUUUGAUGAACAACUCUUGGCAUCAGGAGGAAACGAUAAUAAGUUAUUUAUUUGGUCCUUGAAAAAUCAAGGAGAAUUAACUCAUUUCUCACAACAUCAAGCUGCAGUUAAAGCUAUUGGUUGGUCACCUCAUUAACACAAUAUUGUUGCUUCUGGGGGUGGUACUGCUGACAGAUGCAUUCGAUUCUUUAAUACUUAAACUAUUGAACAAGUAGAAUGCAUUGAUACUGGGUCUCAAGUUUGUAAUUUAAUGUUUUCUAAAAACUCAAAUGAAUUAGUUUCAACUCAUGGUUAUUCUCUGAAUUAAAUAAUUGUUUGGAACUAUGCUAAUAUGUCUAAGGUUGCUACUCUAACUGGUCACACUUAAAGAGUCUUAUAUUUAAGUGGUUCGCCUUGUGGAUAAAAUAUUGUUACUGGAGCAGGAGAUGAAAGCCUUCGCUUCUGGAGCGUAUUUCCAUCAUCGAAUUCCAAAAAUAAUCAUGGGAUUACUAGAGCAGAAACUAUAGAUUUAAGAUGAUUGACUUUAGCAUGAC